GCGCAGAAUCACUGAUCUACAAAGACAUCUCCUGGGAAAAACAACUGCUCGUUAUGUAGUGAAGAUUAGCGAAUUUGCGCAGAUCCUUGCUCAAACGUAUCCCCUCAAACACGCCCACACAGGCUAUCCACCAUUGUUGUCAUCAGCGAUGAGACACGUCUAUGGAAACGAUUGACUGGACAGAGAAAGGACAGCAAACUAGUGAAACACGGUAGAAACACUUAAACAUGAAUGUCGCAUGACCCACAAGCCUAGUGAAACAUUGUAGACAUAAUAAUCUGGAACAGUUGUUGGUGCUUGUAGCAUAAGGGUUUCAGAUGGGGGAGGUGAGAAAGCUCCAGAAGAAACUGAGACAGAUUGAGAAUCUGGAGAUCAAAAUUUCUCAAUCUCUCACUCCAGAAGAAAGAGUUAAGAUCUCCAGGAAGGCGGAGCUCCGCACCAGAUUGGCUGAACUUCUGCUGCAGCUUUCUGGCCCCCAGCAAACUCCGGGGAUUGUGGGAGGAGGAAAACAUGAGAAGAUGAAAAGACAAGUUGAAGCCACCUCUGAGGCUCUUCCAUCACACAGUCCCUCUGCUACCAAGAUUCCCAAGGGAGAAGCAGAGCCAGCAGGCCGACAGAAGAAGACAGGCAGUCAGAAGGAGACGGUAACAAGGGGAGAGACAGGAAGAAAGGAGGAGACGGGAGGACGGAGAGAGACAGGAGCAGGGGGAGAGCAGUCAGAGCCCUGUCUAGCUGUGACCGACACAAGCCCCAAGGAAAACCAGGAAGAUGCCGAGUUUACAUCUCUCAAAGCAUCAUGGGAGAAAGCCAAGUUUCGCUUGAGGUCGCUGGAGGGUCACAGUGACAUCGUCACCUGUGUGGUUGCUGUUGACAACCUGGUGAUCUCCGGCAGUCGAGACACAACAGUAAAGGUGUGGCACGUUCCUACGGCAACCGAGCAGCGGAAUCUGGGAGGUCACACUGGUGGAGUCACCUGUCUAUCUGCCCCACCGCCUGAAUACUGUAGGAGACUCGCCUGGGAACUGUCUCUGGGAGACAAGGAGAGGUUCAUCCUGAGUGGUUCAGCGGACUCUUGUGUGAGGAUCUGGGCUUUAAGCACGGAUGUGUAUAAGAGACAGGUCUAUGACAGACUCAGUGGAUCAGGGGUAGGCAACCCUGUUCCUGGGGUGCCGCAGCUCUCUCUAUCAACCUCUCUCCCUCACUCACUCUUUACCCCCUCCCUCUCUCUGUCUGCAGAUGGGGGUAAAGUCCAGGCCUGGAGCUGGCAAACCAUGGACAACUGUCAAUCAAUCAACGCCCAUAAGGAGGCUGUGACCUCCCUACAGUCUCAGGGUCCCCUGGUGUUCAGCAGCUCAGCAGAGGGUGGGGUGUCUGUGUGGGAGGGGCUCUGCACCAACCGCGACCCCCUGCAGCUGUUACAUCAUUGGGACGCAACGGUAACGGGCUGCGGGAGUCAGGAAGGUCGUCUGACCCUCAGUCCCCGUGGUGACAGGCUCUUCGUUGCCUACGGCAGAGCCAACCUCAGGAUUCUCAACUGGAGGACAGGCACCGUGUCCAGGCUAACCAAUCACAGCAGCAUCGCUGGAGUAACAGAUUGUGUACAUCAGACAGGGGGACUCCUCAUUGGCUCAUGCUACGAUUURGYGAAUGGGGAAAGCACCUUGAACUUGUUCUCUCUACCUCAGUGCAGGUACCUGGCCUCGCUGACCUGGGCGGAUGCUCCGAGAAUCCUUUGCUUUGCGGCGUGGCUCACGGGCAGUGGGGGUCACCGCUGGGUCACCGGGGGUCGUGCCCUUACGGUGUGGGAGCAGCUCCCCAGCUCCGGGAAGCAGAGGGGUGAUGUCACAACGAAGCGAGACAACCGAUUGGACGCCUCCCUGAUGGAAUCAGAGGGAGAUUCCGAGGACGAGGAGGACAGUGACGAUUACGAUGAUGACAAAGAAGAGAACUACACAUCCCAAGAUGCACCAGAGUCGGGCUCAACGUCGUGGCUUCGCUGUGUUCUCCAGUGAGAGCCAGUUUCACGCCACCCGCCACCACCAAGCCCAAGACGCUGCGCCUCACAGCAUGAAGAGCAACAAAGGCGAGAGGAAGGGAGUGAGGGGGACAGAGGAGAUGGAUUAGAGAGGGGGGGAGUGAAGUGUGACAGAUUGAGAGAGUGGCGGAGGUGGAAAGAGAGCAUACGGAGAGGGAGUGAGUGCGAGCGAGAGACAGAUCAUUUCCCAUGUAAAUGUUGUCGUUUCAUGUAUGCAAUAAAGCUGUCAUACUGUGA